AUGUUCGGCCAUGAUGGUGUCGUCUUCCUGUCUGUGUCAGUAUAUGGUGUAGGCGGAGAGACGGAGAACGUGGGAUACAAACAGAGCAGCAAGCAACGCAAAAUAAGCGGGAGACAAGAGGCUGGGAGAGUAUACAGUCGAGAAAAAACCGGCGACGCGCGGCAGCAAAGGUCGGACGGGACAGGACAAGACUGGACAGGGCGCGACGGGGCGAGAAGAGGGUGUUUCGUUCUCGUUGGGGUGGAGAAGGGAAGAGAGGAGAGCGAAGACAGAAUCUACGGGAAUGACAUUGAGUGGUGCGUGCUGGCAUUGGUGUAUUAUCUUGCUUGGGAAGGUGCAAGUGAGGGUAUUCGCAGCCGGACCGUGAAGUCAGCGCAGCUUGCAACAGCAGACUGUGCCGGCAAGUUCGAGUUGCUGGAAUCCUUUCAAGGCCAGGACAGGGGACAAAGGUCUCGUCAGAGGAGACUACGAGAUGAUGGAUCGCGUUUUUCCCAAUCGCGUAGAGAGCGUGGAAGAGUGGAAGCGAAAGGUCGGCUAUUCUGGGUGCCGCGACCAGUACUCAAGGACUGGGUGGAUAGAGGAAUCGCAGUUCUGAUCUGA